CCCUUUGGCCCCCGUGGGAGCAGGAUGGUGGCCCGAUCUGGCCCCUGGCCUUCUAGUUCUAAAUUCGCUGGCCGUUGCUCAGACUUGGUUCUCUCCUGCCCGUGGAGCCCCCCUGCCUGUUCCUCACCAAGGCCUGCUGGGCCAGCUAGCCUUGUCGGGUUCCCCACAUGUGUUGCUUAAACUGCUAAUGUUACUGGUCUCUUUAUAUGUGAUGCCUUGCAUUUGCUAUCAUCCCAGGGAUAGAAUGAGCCAGGGUGACUCAAACCCAGCCGCAAUUCCACAUGCAGCUGAAGACAUUCAGGGAGAUGACAGGUGGAUGUCACAGCAUAACCGGUUUGUCUUGGACUGCAAAGACAAGGAGCCCGACGUGCUGUUUGUAGGGGACUCCAUGGUGCAGCUGCUACAGCAGUAUGAGAUAUGGCGAGAGCUCUUUUCACCUCUACAUGCACUGAAUUUUGGAAUUGGUGGGGACACAACAGGACACGUUUUAUGGAGGCUGAAGAACGGGGAACUGGAGAACAUCAAGCCCAAGGUCAUUGUGGUUUGGGUUGGAACAAAUAACCAUGAAAACACAGCGGAGGAAGUAGCUGGUGGAAUAGAGGCCAUCGUGAGGCUGAUAAAUACACGGCAGCCCCAGGCCAAGAUCAUUGUAUUGGGCCUGCUGCCACGUGGCGAGAAGCCCAACCCGCUGCGGCAGAAGAACACCAAGGUGAAUCAGCUCCUGAAGGCUUCGCUGCCCAAGCUCGCCAGUGUCCAGCUGCUGGAUGUGGACGGGGGCUUUGUGCACUCGGAUGGCACCAUCUCAUGCCACGACAUGUUUGAUUUUCUUCACCUGACGGGGGCUGGCUACACGAAGAUUUGCAAACCCCUCCAUGAACUCAUCAUGCAGCUGCUGGAGGAGACCCCUGAAGAAAAGCAGGCAACUCUGGCCUGAUCCGGCAGUGUUAAUGACAUCCCAGCUUCAACAGCGCAGUUCUUCUUACCUGGCACUACAGAAUCCUCCUUGCUCAAAGCGCUUUCCAUGGUUGAAUGUUACUGGGUGUUGUGUUUAGCACUGGAAAGGGAGGGGGGAAGGAGGGAGGGAGGGAGCUGGUGUGCAGCAUGUAGAUUGGCCCAGUCAGUCAAAGUGUCCCCUUUAUGGGAUGGUCUUAACUGCAGGAUGACAUUGACUGAAGGAUUUUACUUUGUCAUUUCUAGUUUACAGUAUGAACAUAACUUCUCACCUUCCAUCGCCCGUGUUCUGCGGUCACAUUGCCAGUCCUCCUUCCUUAGUGUCCAGGCUUAUUUCAGUAGCCCUUCGAAGUCUGAGCUUCGUAGCUGCACUCACAUUCCACUCCCUGAAUGGAAAAGUAGCUGCUUCUUUAAAAGUUGGAAUUGUUUGACGAGUUUUUAUACUUGCUGGGGUUGGAUUCUUGUUUUAAGUGAUACCAGCUGCUUUCUGGCAUUGGCAAAAGGAAAAAACCCACCACCACCACAGGGUACAGCUAUGUACACCUUCAGAUGUGCGAAAAAUGACAUGUCAAGUGAUGAACACAUUUAACUCGGCCUGUUCCUUGUUUCUAGUUUGCUGGACCUCGUUUUUUGUCUGGGUCCUGUGGGAGGCUAUCCAGUGUUGUAUCCUGGCAGAAUCUGCUCCCUCUUGUGCCCUCCAGCACAACAUUCCCAGUCUUUAAAAUGGCCCAAGAGCUUAGGAGCCCAGUCUCAUGGCAAGCCGUUCCCACCAAUAUGAAACUGACAUUUCUUCUCACUCUGGUGUCCCAUGCCGCAGGACGCCGCACGGUGCUGCUCCUGCCGAUAACAUUGUUAGGAGAGCAAAAAGCAGAUGACUGUUACUGCCCCUGAACAGCAUAAUCCUUAGCCAGUUCCCUCCUUGCGAGGCCUGAAGCCGGCUGAAGCUUUGCUAGUUGUGAGGUGUGCAUUUCCUUGUGGCGUCUGUCCUGUUCCUAGUGGGGCUUCUGGCAGUUAAGUUCCGCUGCAGGCAUUCCUUCUGUGGGGCCUGCUUUCCCCCUGCACUGAGGGGAGCAGCAGCCCAUUUCCCAGAGCCUGAUAAGACUCGAGCUUUUUACACGGAGGCUGUUGAGGAUGUAAGGCCUUUAUUUAAAGGCAUACAUCUUUUAGAUUUCUGGGUUUGGGGGCCUUAUACUGAAACAUGUUUUUAAAGCAAAAAUGUUUCAGUGAGGACUUUUACCAGAGCAAAUAGUUUGGCAAAGUUACCUGUUCAUGCUUUGCCAGUCAGUCCAGAGCGCAGGUGUGUGCUGUCCUAACCCCCGCCCCCAAAUUAAACUAGUUUUUUUUAUUAUUGUGGAUGUGUGUAAAAUGCUUCUUUGUCGUACUGGAAGCUUCUUGGGAUUGAAUGUGCUUUCUGAAAACCCUUACUUGAUGCUUUCUAUCUUGCUCCUUUUGUCCCAUCUUUCUUCCUCCGCAGAGGCAGGAGAAUUUAAAAAGUACAAGACUGCUGUUCCACAAGAGAAUCCUUCGGGCAAUUCUUUGGUGGAGCAGCGUCUGCUGGAAUUGAGGGCUGGGUCUGGGAGUGGGUAGCCGUGAGUGAGCUGGCCAGCCUGAGGAGUCUUUGAAUCUCACCAAGAGAAACUUCGGUGGUAGCACUGACCUAAAGUUUUUUAAAAUACCUCUGCGGUGUUCCUUCCAUGUUCCUGAAACGGAUGUGGGCCAAACAUUCCAGCUUAUGAGUAGCUCUCGCGAGAGUUGCGGGCCUGGAAAUUCUGACUGCGAGAGGGAAGGUUGAGCGAGCCCAAGUGGUUUGUUGCUCGGACUCGCGGCCUCUGUGCAUUCUUGCUUCUCACUCAGUUGCGUUUAGCUACUUCCUUUGCAGGCUGCCUUGGUUCCUGCAGAAAGGAACGUCGGUGUUUCUCUUUGGCAUGUCAGAAAGGGGGGUUGUAAUAAGUGAAAUAGGUUGUGUUGCCUCACAGCAUCCACUCCUGCUGGUGCGAUUCCUUCUUCGGGCCUGUGGCAGUGGCAGGUGCCUGCAUUCUGUAUCCUACUCCAUAGUGUGAAGAGGCCCUGACCUUGGGAUGUGCUGGCAACGCAGAGUAUGUCCCGUUUCUACAACCAGCCUGUUCCCAAGCUUUUACUUGAUUCUCUCUUUCUCGUGGCUGUUUACAGUUGUGUGCUGCAACCCAGAAUCUUGUCUGUCCUGUGGUGUAUGAGCAUUGCCAAUUUUAUAUUUAUUGCAGCAAAAGAAAAAGCGUGAAAACAAAGGUUAAGGAAUUGUCUUUUUCAUGUAACGUGUGUGGCUGUAGCUGGGGGGCUGGCCCCCAGGGCAGAGAGCUAUGCGGGCUGGCAGAACGCUCCCUCGAGCCAGCGCGUGGAAGUGCGCUGCAGCCCUCUUCCGUAACGAUCUUUUGCUGCAGGGAGAUGGGAGGGAAGGUGCUUCCCUCCCCCGUCACGGAUAGCUGACCAAACCUCCCAUCCGCCCCCCACCAAAAAGUGAUGGGUCUGCUUUGCAAAAUGGCAUCGAUGACUGGUAGAGCUCACUGUUUCGUGCAUAUUUCAGUAUAAAUGUAUGUUUCACCAACAA